AUGUCUGCUCCGACUCGCGCCUCCGUCCUUAUUGCGAAUCUGUCGUCGGUUUCAAAACGCAUUGCAGCAGCAUCAAGCAGGCGUAACCACGAUGAAACCAGCCCCAGCUCAAAUAACAAUAAUACCAACAGUGACAGCCCUGCAGCCCCCGUCCGUCUCGUUGCAGUGUCUAAACUAAAGCCGGCUUCUGAUAUCCUCGCACUUCACUCCCCGCCCACAUCCCACCUGCACUUCGGAGAGAAUUAUGUGCAGGAGCUUCUCGAGAAAUCUAAAGUCCUGCCCCCCGAAAUCAGGUGGCAUUUCAUCGGUGGAUUACAGUCGAAUAAAUGUGUUAUGCUUGCAAGAGAGGUACGGGGCUUAUGGGCCGUUGAGAGUGUGGAUACAGAGAAAAAGGCGUCUCUGCUGGAUAAAGGCUGGGGCGAGAGGCCGGAAUUCAAGGAUAAAGGCACUGUGGACACUGAUGGUACUAGCGAGCAAGAGGAUAGACGGCUACGUGUAUUUGUACAGGUUAAUACGUCCGGGGAAGAGAGCGAGCCUUCGGUGGAACUCUGCCGGUUCAUCAGAGAACAGUGCCCUCGGUUGAAGCUCCAGGGAUUAAUGACUAUCGGGGCCAUUGCGCGAUCAAAGGCGACUACACCGGAGAAUGAGAAUGAAGAUUUUGCCUGUCUACGAGAUACAAAGGAUAUGGUGGAAGAGAAGCUAUCGCUGGAAGGAAAGGAUAGGUUGGAAUUAAGUAUGGGCAUGAGUAAUGAUUUUGAAGGUGCGAUUGCCAUGGGAAGCAGCCAGGUCAGGGUCGGAAGCACUAUAUUCGGCGCUCGUCCACCCAAGGGCGAGGCAAAGUGA